UUAUGCUGCCUGGUCAGGUUCUACUAGUGUAUUAAGUUAUAUCAUAUCUCAGUAUAAUCUCAAUGCUAAUGAUACUAAUGUUGAUGGUCGUACACCAUUAGUCUACUCUUCCCAGUCAAGUAGUAUUAAUUCUGUAAAAUAUCUUAUUAAUAAUCAUAACAGUGAUCCUAAUAUCACUAAUAAGUAUGGUAUGACAUGUCUUCAUCGUUCUUGUCGUAAUGGUCAUAUUGAUAUCACUCAAUAUCUCAUUGAGGUACAGCAAUGUGAUAUUAAUAAAACAGAUAAUUACAGCCGCACGUUAGUACAUCAUGCUGCAUGGAGUGGUAACUUUGAUUUAGUUCAGUAUCUUAUUAUUGAACAAGGUUUGUCUCCUACUGCAGCUGAUGAGAAUGGCCUCACUGCUUUACAUUAUGCCUCAUGGUCUCUUAAUUCAUCUCUUGUUAAAGAAUUAAUAACUACCUAUCAGUUAGAUCCUUAUCAAGCUGACAGUAAUGGUAAGCUACCAAUUCAUUAUGCUGCUGAAUCUGGAGAUAUUUUACUACUGGAUUUAUAUGUGAAGGAUUAUAAGUGUAGUCUGAGCCUAACACAUAACAAUGGUUGGAAUAUUAUUCAUUUUUCAUCUUCAAGAGGUCACACUCACUUUAUCAAACAUCUGGUAGAGAUUCAUCAGUUAGAUCUGUGUUCUGUGCGAAAUGAUGGGGGAAUGGCUUCCAUUCACUUAGCAUGUGUAGAAGGAAGAUUGAACUUGGUCCAGUACAUUAUAGAACACAUACCAUUAUCACUUGAACUACCUCACAUUGAAGUUGGUCAUACUCCAUUCCUUACUGCAGUGUACUUCAAUCAGUUAGAAGUUAUUAAAUAUCUUAUUAGUAAGAAGUGUGAUAUAUCAGCUACUGAUGGUGGAGGGUCUGGAGCAGUCCACAUAUCUAUAGGGAUGGGUCACUUGAAUGUAUUGAAGUAUCUCAUUGAUAAUAAUUAUUGUAAUCCUAAUGCAACUGAUCAUCAAGACCGUACAUCACUACAUGUUGCUGUAGCAGCUAAUAAAUAUGAAUUAUUAGAAUAUUUAUUAGAAAUAAAACCAAGUUUACUCAUUGAUGUACAAAGUAAAGAUGGCGAUACUCCAUUGCACUUAGCUUGUAGAAGAAAACGACAGAAGAUGGUACCACUUCUAACCAGCUCUACUAAUACCAAUCUAUUAAUUACUAACAAAAAAGGACAGACACCAUUACACUUAGCAGUUGCCUCUGGACAUAAGGAUACCACUGAAGCUUUACUGUUCUCAGUCACUGGUAGUUCUACUCAUCAUGAUCUCCUUACAGCUGUUGAUGAUGAAGGAUCCACUGUAUUACAUACAGCUUGCAGUAAUGGCCAUAUUGAUGUGUUUCUUUACUUGUGUAGUAUUUAUCCUGAUGGCAUUAAUGCUUUGGAUAAUAGAAAGCGCACUAUACUUCAUGCAGCAUGUGAGGGUGGGAAUAUAGAAUUAGUACAACUUGUAGUUGACAACUGUGCACUAAACCCUGAAGCAAGUGAUAAGGAUGGCAUUACUUGCAUGCACAUAUUGGCAGAAAGAGGCGAUACUGCAAUAUUUCAGUAUGUAAAGACUCAUGUAGCUACUAACUACAUCCCUUAUGAUGAUAAUGGUCACACUCCACUUCAUUAUGCAAGUCUCUUCAAACGUAAUGAAAUGGCACUGUAUCUCAUUAAUAGUUGUCAUUAUAAUCCUGAUGAUCCUGAUUAUAAUGGAUACACUUCAGUUCAUGCAGCAUGUGAAGCUGGUAACUUUGAAUUAAUUCUACAAUUUCUCACAGAGUUUUGCUGUAAUGCACUAGCUGAAACUCGUGACAAGAAAACUCUACUU